AUGGAUCCACGAUUAAAAUUACAAUAUUAUGAUGACAAUGAUUAUAUUAGCCAAUCUUCAGAUAAUUUAGAAGAUGAUCUUCUUUCACAUAUUUUCAAAAAACGAAAAACUGAACGGGAUGAUGAAUUAAAAUCUUAUUUUAGAGAACCAACUAUAUCUAAAUCAACAGAUGUACUUGCAUGGUGGAAGGUAAAUUUUAUUGUAAAAUUUAAUUAUAAUAAUAUAUAUUAUUAA